AUGGAGAAGGCGGAGGUGGACGAGCUGCGGGAGCUCACGCAGCGCGUGUGCGAGAACGUGACGGCGUAUGUCGGCGCGCAACUCGACGGCUCGCUGGAGUCGAUGCAGUUGAUGCAGACGGUCGUAAACAAUAUCAAUACAAAGUAUGUGGGCAUUAAACGAGAGGCCGAAAGUGUCGGCAAGCUGUCCAAGGUGCUGGAGGCCCGAGCAAAAACAAUGGAAGAGAAAAUGAACAUUGUUGAUGACAUUGAUGAGGAGCUCACGGAGCUGGAGGACAUGGUGGAGCAGCUCGAACAGUACACAGGGUCCCUUGAAAUCAAGUUCAAUGAACUGCGCUAA